UCCGUUUUCAACCUGACGAUGGCCUAUGGAAUAGGUCGAAAACGUUUGUUUUAAUUGAACUUUCUCGGCAACGAUAAAGCACAAGCUGAACGAUCAUGAAAAUUUGCAUUGCGAUACUUUUCGUUGCGUUAUAUUUGAUGCCAUCAGAAGGCCAGAUAACAGAAAGAUUGAGAAAAAUUUACUGCGCCAUUGAAAACCAAGCGGCAUUUCGUUUCUGUGCCAUAGAAAAUAACAUAGAUGUAGGAUUAAAAUUAUUUCGAAAUUGCAUGCAUCGGAUAAAAAAGUUUUAUACCUUAGAAGAAAUAAGUGACUACGCAUGCAAUAGUAUAACUGAUGAGGAAUUUGAAAUUUUCAAAAGUUGUACGGAUUAUGCUAUAGAGGCUGAAAUGAAGUAUAAUGCAAAUUUUAUGCCUAUUAUUGAGCGAUGCUUAGCAAGUGAGAAAAGGUAAAAUGUGCAGCUCAGGAAAGUGUCGGCAGUAUAUUAAUGCCAGUUUUUUAUAUUAUUAUAAUCGGAAUUAAAAAUGUCUCGUGGUAGCGGUAGCCAUUUUUUAAACGAAAUAA